AGACGCGGCAAGAAACGGUUGUGGUUAAUACAAUAGUACAAGUAUUAGUAAUUCACAGUUUGUUAAAACUUGGGUAGGACUGCUACUUUAUAGUAAAGCAUGUAUUAUCCUUUAAUUGAUUGUAUGAUAGACUAUUACAUGUAACGUUAGUGUGAGUGAAUUUUACCGUAACAUAAUGCAAAAAAGUGAUUAUCCCAGUUAUUCUUCAAGUAGGCGUUUUCUCUCUUCUAAGCGAGAUCUGUUUUUUCGACAAGAUGGACCAACAUCUAUUACUUCCAGUACGUCAUCCAGUUUAUCUACGACCAAUACAACCAGUACUUCCGGUAUGACCAACAAAGAAACGAUCUUAAAUAGAGAAAGAGACGGAAUCAAGGAGAAGGACAAAGAAAAAGAAUCGUCUCCCUCAUCGAAAGACAUGCAGGGUUACGUUGGGUUCGCCAACUUACCAAAUCAGGUGUAUAGAAAAGCAGUUAAACGAGGAUUUGAUUUUACACUAAUGGUGGUCGGAGAGUCAGGUCUUGGGAAGUCAACCCUCAUCAAUUCCAUGUUUCUAACAGAUAUUUAUUCAAAUGAAUAUCCUGGUCCAGCCCUGAGGGUGAAGAAGACAGUGCAAGUUGAAACCACAAAGGUGCUAUUAAAAGAAAAUGGUGUCAAUUUGACACUUACAGUUGUGGACACACCAGGAUUUGGGGAUGCUGUAGAUAACAGUGACUGUUGGCAACCAGUUACAAACUACAUUGAAAAUAAGUAUGAAGAAUAUCUGAAUGCAGAAUCCAGGGUUCAUCGAGGAACAAUUGUAGACUCCAGGGUACAUUGUUGUCUGUAUUUCAUUGCACCAUCUGGACACGGUUUAAAAACAUUAGACAUUGAAUUUAUGAAGAGACUGCAUGACAAGGUUAACAUCAUUCCACUCAUUGCCAAAGCUGACACAAUGACUUCUGAAGAGUGUGCUCUUUUUAAAAGGACAAUAUUGAAUGAAAUAACACAGAAUAAGAUAAAGAUUUAUGAAUUUCCUGACUGUGAUGAUGAAGAAGAAAAUAAGCUGCAGAAACCUAUGAAGGCACGUGUCCCUUUUGCAGUAGUCGGAAGUAACACUUUAGUAGAAGUGAAUGGGAAGAAAGUACGUGGUAGAAAGUAUCCCUGGGGUAUAGCAGAAGUUGAAAAUUUAGAACACUGUGAUUUUAUUGCUCUAAGGAAUAUGUUGAUCAGGACUCAUAUGCAAGAUCUUAAAGAUGUUACAAACAAUGUUCAUUAUGAAAACUACCGAUGUCGAAAGCUUGCUGGAGUUGGAGCAGAUGGAAAACCAGGAGCUAUACCAAACAAAAAUCCCCUUUCGCAAAUGGAAGAAGAAAAGAAAGAACAUGAUUUUAAGAUGAAGAAAAUGGAAAAGGAAAUGGAACAAGUGUUUGAAAUGAAAGUGAAAGAAAAAAUGAAUAAACUGAAAGACUCAGAAUCUGAUCUCCAGCGUAGACAUGAGCAAAUGAACAAAAGCUUAGAGCAGCAAAGACAAGAGUUGGAAGAAAAAAGAAGAACUUUUGAAAAGGAGAAAAUGGCAUUUGAAAGUGCUAAUGGAAAUGAUACCUUUCAUAGAAUGUCUAUGGAUGCUAACUCAAAAGAGACUAUUGCAAGAAGGACCAAAACUUCCUCACUUAUGAACUUAUCACAGUCUGUUUCUGCUCGUUGUCGUCCCAUGUAAAAUACUGCACAACUUCAGUUGUUUAUAGCUAAUGGACUUGUAGCAUAAAAUAUCUGUAAUACACCAGUAGUUUGUUGAAGUAGCUUAAAGAUUAUAUGCCUUAUUAAGUUAAUGGAUUUUGCACACUACAUAAAUAUACAAAGAUUUGUUGCAAGUUAUUGAUUUCCUAAAAGAGGAGUGUAAAUUUUGGAAUUUAAAUUAUACACUUCCUUAUACUGUGAAAGAAAGUAAUACAUAUAUGUAUAAAUCUAAGUAAAAAAAAAAAAUGGUUUACUCCUAAUUCUACAUUAUCAUCAGUAUUCGUUAUAAACUGGUAAUCCUGUAUAACUGUAGGUUUGAAAUAUCUUGGUUAGUGAUCAGAGAGGAAACAUAAUCUUAAUGAUUUUAAUAUAUCAUGAACAGUUCAAAAAAAGGUGUGUCAGUGCAAAGUCUGGAUGUUGCAGAUACAUGAAGAAAACUUUUAAUAUUUUUUUCAUUUGGCAAAAAUUACUUGUAUAUCAGGUAUGUUAUCUAUUUGACAUAGCAUAUUUACUCGCCUCAGCUUGAGUCUCUUGAAAAAAUAUAUAAAUUUAUAUUUGAUUGUUAUAUAAAAAAAACUUAUUGUAAGGUAAGUAAUUAUUUAUUUUUAAACAAGCCUUUCAUGUGCUAUAUCUUUAAAGAAACAACAACACUUACUAAGUACUUCAUUUCUGCUGGAUCUGAGAUCUAGAAUCCAAUUUUUAAGUUGUUUUUUGUACUCAAAGAAAAUAACAUUACCAUCGAUUUUCAGACUGCCUCAUUUGCAGUAUAAAUUGAUAUGUUACUAAAGUUGUAAACUAUAUUACUCUCCUCCAAUCUCAUUUUAAAUAGUAUACUCAAUAAAAUUCAAACUGUUAGCUUCCAGAAUACGACACACAUUUGGCUACAGGGAUCCAGUACCUUUUUUUUUCUUUAUAAAGAUUAAGCAGUUCUUUUACUUGUUAUGCUCUGUGUAUUUGAAUUAAUAAGUUUCUGUGAUUCAUUAACUGUCAUAUUAAAUUAAAUGUCUAAUUUAGGAAAAUAAAAGAUUUUUAUUGAGAGAAAACUAAAUUACUUGUAGAAAUAGUCUUCUUAACUCUCAAAAUCAUUUGAUUUACCUAUUUUUUUCAAAAUACAAAGUAAGUUUUGUAGGUUUUUUAGACUGUAGCAAACACUGCACAGAUGUUUUACAGAGAAAAGACCUUUUUGUGAGAAACCUUGAACAUACAGACACGUAUAUAUGUUAUAGUAAAUAGAAUUACCAUAAGUUAUGCAGGUAUGAAUAAAGUGAAAUUAAGUUUUAAAAUUUCUUUAAUAAGGAGAUUUAGUAAUCAAUGCUACCAAUGAGGUUAAAAGAGACUUUUUUUUUGUGCUUGUCUUGCUCUCAUAUCGUAAAGAGCUAUUUCAAUUUUCAAAGUGAUAUUUGGUUUGUAAGUAAUUUGAUUAAAACUGCUCAUAUUGUGUCAUGUUAAAGGGAUAUCCACAGAGAAAUAAAACAUUUCUCAUCUUCCACUUAUAUUUUGAUAUUUCUUUUCAUUCUAUUUUUUAUAUAAGUAUCCUUUUCUUGAGGCUUUGGACAUUCCAUUAAAAUUACUAGAUUGUAAUUACAAUUACUCAAUAAGAAAACAAUAAGGAGCAUGAAUUCUUGAAGCUUCUUUGACCAGAUUUAAAUUUUUAUAUUUUAUUUGCUUUAUAUUACUUUCACUCUUUAUGUUGAUACAAUAUUAAACAACAACCUCACAAGUUCUGUAAAAUAUGUUGGAUAUUGGUAGUGUUAAAUGGUAAAAUAUGUAUUGUUUCACUACAAACCACCACUCAGUAUAAACAAUAACCCCAAUCUACAGUUACUGUAGUUUCAGGAAUCAUAAAAUAAAUUAUAUAUAUAUAUAUAUACAAUUUAUAAUUAUUAUAUAUAUUAUAAUUUAUAAUAGAAGCUAACACAUUUUCUAAGGUAUGAAAAUCGAUACUAAACACAUUCCACUACACAUCACUUUCUGUAGAUAAACUUUUUUGUGCCAAUAUUCUAAGCAAUACUCAAAAAGUAACUUCUUGUUUGUACUAUGUUGUAAUAUAAAGUUUACUAGUAGAGUAUCAAAUAUGUUUUACAUAAAUAUCAUGCUCAAGAUAUUCCUUAAGAAAGAUGCUACCAGCUUUAUAUAAUGUGCUGUCAAAUUAUUGUAAAACUCGUUAUUUUUGUAAUGUAAAAAGAAAAAUACAUAAAGUUUAAAUAAAUUAAACAUUUGAGUGUAAAUGUUGAAUCUUUAAACUAAAAUAAUUUACAAAAUUAGGCUUGAUAAAAGGCAGUAAUUGUCAUUUGUUCUAACUGUCUAGAUUUUGAAGUAACCUAGAAACAAGAAAUUAAAGUUCAGUUUGAUAGUUUAUACAAUUUUGGUAUAUAGUGGUGAAUGCAUAUUGUAUAUCCUUCAUGAUGUUUUAGAAAUUGUUAUGCUUUGUUUAAUUCUAUAUUUGAAUGAUUUUAUCUUUGUUUGUCAUGUACUUUUAUAUUACAAUAGUUUCUUGAUUUCAUUGUGUACGGACAACAGUUUAAACAAAGAUAGUUAUUUUUUUAAAAACAUUUUAUUAUUCGAAGAAAUAACAAAAACUGCUGUAUUUAAAAUCUUGAACUCUUCUAUUACUGGAUAAGCCUUUUGGAAAUUUUUCAUAUUCAGAGAACUUCUAAUUCCUUGUUAGUGACUAUCUUGAAGAAUAGUAUCUGUUAGAGUAUGCUCCUUUUCUGUCAUAUCUGCAAUAUUUGUUGUUUAGUCAUGAUUUUUGGCCUUCAUGUUAAACAUGUUUAUAAUUUUUGUUUCAAGAAAUUGUUGAAAUCAUUGUAUGAAGCAAUGCUCAUUUUUUUUUUACAGGAUAAUUUAUGAAUGUGUAAGUAUUGUUAAAAAUAAUGUCAAAGCAUCCACUAACUCUUCAACUCUAUGUUUCAAAAUUAACUGACUUGAGAAUGUGACUUAUGUACUGGGUGAUUAUAAAGAAAAUUUUGCAGUUCAACACAUCAUAUCUCACAAAUGGUGUGGCAUAAUAAAGUGAAACUAUACGGGGAUGCUCAGGAUAUCAUGGGGAUACAAUAUGUUACCCUCAGGACACCACUAUGAUCAAUCACAGUAACUGUUGAAAAUGUGAUCUUUCAGCAUCUGCGUGACAACAGACAUUACUUGAAGAACAUGUAUCUAAUCUGGUAUGCUGGUCACUUUUAGACAAUUGCAUCUUUGGGGUCUGGCAUUAUGUAAGGCUUCCCAUGGUAAACAAGUGACUUUGGCUACUUCCACAACAAGAAACCAGCUGAUGUUAGGUCUGUGAACAAAAUAGUCUUUCACAGGGAAAAAUUACAUUAAAUUACUCUGUCGUGAAAAUGCUCUACAAAACAAGUUUCACCUGGAUACCACUAAGCAGAAGGGCACAAUCCUGCAUGAAAACCAUAGUGUAUAUCACACUUCAUUGCUGCAGCAUGGGGAUUACAUUAGUUGUGAGCAUUUGAUGAUACCAUGCAGCAUUGGCUAUGCAGGUUUGUAGUCCAUAUACUGAUGGUUUUUCAAAAAAGUUAUCAUCCAAUAACAAAGUCAGUUGCAAAACCACACCCCACUCUUACCAUAGCAUCAUAUAGAUGUGUAGGAAAUUUUACAUCGAGGUUAGUUUUCAACCAGAUAAUGCAGUUGAGUGUGUUGACACUUCUAAAAAAGAGUUAAGUGUGCUUCAUCAGUCCAUAAGAUAUUGGCAGACCAUUGGUCAUUAACUUUCAGUUUUGCCAAGAACUGGAAUGAAAAAUCAGCACAUUAGGUUAAAUCCAUCUCCUUCAGUGAAGAGCCUUAUGAACAUUUUAAAUUGGCAAAUCCAGAGACCAGGUGACGUAACGCACACUGCUGGCAUGCUCUACUAUGUUUUGACUUAUCUCAGCAGGUGUCUGUGGUCUGCCUACACAUUUGUUGAUGAAUUUGUGUAUAGCAGCACUGGAACAAGGCCCUCUAUGGAUGUUAUGCACCAUACAGUAUUAUUCCUUGAGAAUUGUUUCUGCAUUGUAUCAUUCGGUGUAAUAACAUUUCACUAGUUCACUUCUCGGCAAACUUGUCAGUUUCAUUCUUGUUGAAUGAGUUGCACUGCAAUUGGCAGGCCUAGUUAUUUCCAUGUGAAAUAUGUAGUGGCAGUGUUCCAACUGUGGCAUUUGCAUCCAUGUGAUACACUUAAUACCCCUGUGCUAUUUCAUUUUCCUAUGCUAUACUGUUUGUGAUACAUAAUACACUUAACUGUUAAAUUUCUUCAUAAUUACCCUGUAUAAUUGAUAAUUGAAUUAAGUGAAAGAAAAGAUCAUGUGAUGUUCAGGGUUUCCAGUGGCCUUUUUUUUAAAUUAGUUGCAUGAGAGUAAUGCUAGUACAAAUAAAGCCUAAUAAAAUAAAACAUAGUAGAUAUACCUUACCAAAAAUUGUAUAAAUGUUACUUUUAAUCAUUGGGAAGUAUUUUGCAAUACAUCUGUAGUGUUAUAGCUGGACUCAGACCUCGAACUGUACCGGAAAUAAAGUGUAAUCUUAGUGCUGGAUAGGUGUUUUUUUUUCUUUCUUUAUCCUAAAUCUUGGUUAGUGCUAAAGUAAGUAUGAAUUUGUAUCACAGCUUUAAACCUUAGAUCCUGCCACUGUGGGUUAUGACAUUGACUUGGCAUUAUAACUGAAAAAUGUUAAAAUGCAUAGAAUAUUAUCUUCAUACUUCCAUAUGUAAUUGAUAGAGCAAUGAAUAGAUACAAGAAAUAUGAACAUAAUGAGCUUAUAAAAUGUUGUAUUAAUAAAUAGUUCCUACCUUUUAUUGGAGCCAAAAUAUCCCUGAUAAAUACUUGACCAGAAUAUAAUUACCUAGAUAACUUUCAUUUGACAUUAUUCUUUUGCAUAACAUUUGGUUAGUUUACUGACUUCUGUACUACAUGUUAUAAUACAGCAUUUAAUAUGUUUAAAUCAUACAACUGGACAUGAUGUUCUUUACUUUAUUAUUUUUUCAUAUGGUUUUUUUCAGAAAUUAGCAAUUGCUUUUGGUGUAUUUUUACAUUAAACAUCCUUGUCAUAAGUGUUUCUGAUCACACGGGAACACAUUUGUAAACGUGCUAACUCAGUAACAUGAACCAGAACAAAAGAAGAUGUCAUAGAUUUUUCUGGGUUUUAUGUUUUAAUAUUUCUGAAGUGUAAGAAGUAUUAUGUAUAUGUAUUAUAAAAUGUCAAAGAAUUGUGUCAUAUUUGUUUUAUUAUGUUUCAUACAAGAGCAUUCUGAUAUUGUGAUUCAUUGAAAUGUCUGAGUGUUUUCUAUCAGGGAAUAAUGCUCUUAUUGAUAAGUAACUGAUCAUCCAGAAAAUAAUUUUUAGGAUAUGUACAAACAUUACACUGAGUGAGUACUAUCUUCACAAAUAUUCUCCACCUUUUACUCUGUUGGGUAAUGGAGGGGUGCUUAAUUGUUUGUCUUAUCUCUGAUUUUCAUUGUGUUCUGGCAAGACGUACUUACAUGACAGGGAAACUUUGUUGUUCAUGAAUUGAUGCAGUAGACCAUACCACUCAUCUUUUGGUUAAUAUGGACUUCAAACUGUUUUUACAUUCUUAUACAAGUAUUUGAAUUUAUGACAUCAACAAAUAAAGUCAAUUAUUUUACUGCUUGUAACUUUUAACUUUUCCUCUGGUCAUUCAAAUUUGAGUCCCUAAGGAUGUAUCAAGAAAUAUAAUAUAUGUAUUAUUCUUUGCUUAUAGUUUGCAAUUUGUGCAUGAAUUAUCUCAAAUGAAAUGUUAUUUUGUCCUCCUUUUUUUUUUUAUCAGUUUGGUUUCACUUAUUUAAAUCAUUUAUGACACACA